GUGUGGGAAGAGUUACCGGUUGGUUGGGUGGUUGCUUGCUUGUUUGUUUUUAGACCAACUCCCGGUGAGAGCAGCGUGCGGGCACGAUCCCGGCCGCGCAGCCGGGGGCGGAGGGGGCGAAACCGCCCGUGCCCCGGGGGCAGCGGGGCCGGGCCGGGCCGGGCGGCGCCGCGGGGCCGCAUGGAGGAGCGGCUGCUCCGCGCCCUCGGGGGGCUCCGGCUGCAGCCGCGGCCCCGUCGCGGCCGCUUCGGCAAGACGCUCGUCCUGCUGCGCGGCCUGCCCGGCUCCGGGAAGAGCACGCUGGCCAGACAACUGAAACGUGACUACCCCAGCGCUGUAGUUCUCAGUACUGAUGACUUCUUCAAUAGAAAUGGUGUGUACGUGUUUGAGCAUGACUUCCUGGAGGACGCGCACGAAUGGAACCAAGCAAGAGCAGACAAAGCAAUGAAGAAUGGGAAAAGCCCGGUUAUUAUUGAUAAUACCAACAUCCAUGCUUGGGAAAUGAAGCCGUAUGUGAUGAUGGCCCGUGAAAAUAGCUAUGAAGUUAUAUUCCGAGAACCAGAUACACCCUGGAAGUUCAAUGUUCAAGAACUGGCAAGAAGAAACAUUCAUGAUGUCCCUCGCCAAAAGAUACAGCGGAUGAAGGAGCAGUACGAACACGGCGUGACCUUCCACAGCGUUCUUCGGGCCCAGAAGCCGAACGGAGCUGAGCGGAGCACCGGGGCCCCCCAGGCGGGGGGUGGUCAUGGGGCCCAGCGCGCCCCCCGGGCGGCCCUCGCCGACAGGCGGCUGCGUGGGCCGCGAACAAACCUUGCGCCAGUUAAUUAAGGGAUGGAUUUCACGUCUGUUUUAAUCGUCAGGAUAUAAAUGUCUUUAUUUUUACAUUUUUCUAAAUUAUUUCUUAUUCUUGUAUUUUUCUACUAUAUUUCUAAUUUAGACUCUUUUAUCUUACAAGUCUUUAAAUGUCAGCGAACAAUAAUUUCACAGGUUUAUGUGACUGAACUAAGCCCACUGUACCCAGUACAGACUAUAACCCCCCACCCAAACCUUCUUCCACCACUAAAAUCCAGUCACAUUUAUGGUGAAAUUUGCUAGCUGUGCUUAUCACACUUUUUCUUUUUUUUUUUUUCUUUUUUUUUUUCUGCCUAGCUAUCUGUCACUAACAGAUAACACUAGAUAUUCUCAAAUUCUUUCUUUCAUCAGAGGCUAUGUGGCCAAGUCCUCCCCUGUGCAGCAGUCCCUUCUUGACAUUUUGCUUUUAGCCGGCUGCAUGUCUUGCGUGGCCUUUUGUCUCUUCCCACUCUACCAUGUCCAGGGCAUUACUGCUGGCUUUAAGAGAGGCAAAGUGAACCAUUUAAAAAAAAAAAAAAAAAAAGGUAGCUCUAAAAGACCUUAACAAGAUUUAACAGCAUUCCCUGUUCUACCUCAGCAUCUCUGCUGCCUUGAUUCAUGCUUUUCUCGCUUUAGCUCUUGCACAGCCAAAGUUUCUCCAGCCUUGAGAAAAGCUUUAAUGCUGAACCGAGCUCCUUGUCUUGCUGAGACUUGGGCUGGCAGGAGAGGCCGAGUUCAGCUGAGCCCGACACAAGGCCACAUGUGGAGGGUCUUGAAAGGAGCCGCUAGUGCUAGUCUAGCACUCAGGCAGGAGGAGGGCUACAGAAACAGCUCUAAGUAGUUGAAACACAUGUCUACAGAAUACCUGAAAUAACCUCAAGUACAAAUUCUAUUUCAGAAAAUGAUUACUUAAGAAGGGAGAAAGAAAAAAUGUGUACAUAGGGGGAGAAAUCAGCUCCUUCCACGACAAAGCACAGAGAAACCCACGUGGAUGGGGGAAUGGAUGAAAGAAAGAAGCUAUCUUGCACUAUUUUCUUUUGUCUGUAUGUUUAAAUCACACUGAUGAUUUCCGUAUCAGGAAGCCUCUGGAAGCAAUUUUUAAAACGCAGCAUUUGCAAUGACAAUUUUUUAAAGUAGGUGUGAAAUAUUAGAGAGCAGUUGUAGAAAGGGAUGGUAGUGCUUUAUUUUGCAGUAGGAAAUGAAGACAGCUAGCACUAGACAUUGAGAAGUGCAGGUAUAGCUGCAACUAAUUAGCAGUUUAGUGGAUAGAGAAGAGUUACGAGGCAUAAAGAAGUAUCAUGCUGUCACUGUGCUAAAGCAAAGCUGUCUGUAGGACUCUAAAGUAGUGGAUGUAUGGGAUAAAUUUUUUACUCAAGUAGCAUUUAAUGUAGUAGUGUCUUAAAGGGUCUCCAUCAUAAAUAAUUGUGACCGAAGGGGCCGAGGGAAGCUGGCUCAGCAGCAGCUGCUUGCAGCCCGUUACAAUUCUCUGGUCCUGCCACAACGUUCAGCCGUCCCCACGUCCCCCCAGGCUGGCAGGGGGAGCUGCUGGCCUCCUGCAGGAGCACGCGCCUUCGGCGGGCGUCUGGUAGGAGGCAGGAGGACAGGGCGGGCUGACUGCAAAAUCCCAGUGGAGGUGCAGCUCGGCUCGCUAGAGAGAGUAGAGAAAUUCCAGUUCUGCAAAGUCUCACUUGUUGAGCUUAAUGAGAACAAAGUAAUGAAUAAAAGUACUCGCUACUGCACUUCAGUAUUUUCCUGGCAGAAAGAACUCAUAAGUGACGAAAUUAAAGUAAGAUCAUUCUUUCCAUAAUGUCACUCAAAGUGGUACCUUUACUACAAAUGAGUAGUUUAGAAACAUUCAUAGUUACAGCUGUUUUCUAAAACUUUUAACACUAUGAGAAGUAUGAGGGAAAAACCAUUAUGAAAACUGUACUGAAAUUAAAGAGCAAUAUUCCAGAAUUAAAGUGUUAUGUUCUGGUUAUAAUGGAAUUAGGGAAUUGUUUUCACUUAUUUGGCACAGUACUACUGCAAUAGAUGUGCUCCAUAUUUACUUCUGACAGCCAAACAACUGUUCUAACAGAGGCAACAAAACUGAUGCUUUUACACAGAAACAAAAGAUCGUGGUAUAAUUUAGGAAUACAUCAGAAUCAAAGCAAUGGCUUAUAAAAUGUCAUUAAACCUUUGGCCACGCUAAUGCCUAUUGCAUCAUACGUAGCUAUGUGAGAAAUGUAUAAUUAUUCAACUCCAAUUUAUGGUAUCAGAUGAAAUGCCACUUACUUUGUUUUUGUAAUAUAUCUUUAUUAAAUACGAUCAGAAUUUAAUGUACAAAGUGUAAAAAUAAUUUGAAUUUGAAAUAUAUACAACACUGUAUACAUGCA